AUGCCUGCCUGGUUCCGCACGGGAACCUACGCGGAUGGCAUCGAUGCGCAGAUAGUGGCCCCUGAACGAGAAUUUGUUGAUAAAAUCAGCCGGGACAAACCCCGAACGAGUCAUGUGACCGGAUAUCGGGUAAAGGAUAGACGCCCUUUGAUCAGUCAUUUGAUAAGGGAUUUGGCACUGGCGACAUCGGGACCCACCAUCCCCUCAUAUUAUUACCGUCUCACACUAUUUUUCCGAAUUGUCUCUGCUCUUGAAGAGAAAAAUUUGUACAGUCUUAUUGAAAGUACGACCAAUUCAAUUGCGCUGACCUACGGUCGAUUAACCAUGAUUCAUCCGGCCAGGCCAGCUACACUCGCAGUCCAUGCGGAUGAUGUUGUCAACAAUGUUACGGACGUUGCUCCUCCAAUUCACUUAUCCACGACAUUUCGCUACCAUAAAAAUCCCGAGCAAUUGAUUCCAGCAGCAGAACGUAACUACGAGGAAGACCCUUCCAGUUUAGAGCCGAUUUAUUCACGAGUUGCCGCGCCGAAUUCUGCACGUUUCGAAGCUAUCCUUUCGUCUCUACUUAAAGGACACGCCCUCGCAUAUGGUUCGGGAUUAGCUGCUCUAAAUGGGGCAUUGGUGCUUCUCAACCCAAAAAGCAUUUCUAUUGGGGACAAUUACCAUGGCUGCCAUGGUGUCAUUGAGAUUUUCCACCGACUUACUGGCUUAAAGAAACUGGGGUUGGAUUGCCCUGCGGAGGAAUUGCAAGCGGGGGACGUCAUUCUACUCGAAACACCUCUUAACCCCGACGGAACAGCAUUUAAUAUGGAGCAUUAUGCACAAAAAGCACACUCUCGCGGCGCGUUUCUUAUUGUUGAUAGUACAUUUGGCCCUCCUGGUCUGCAGGAUCCGUUCGAGUUUGGUGCCGAUAUGAUUAUGCAUUCGGGAUCGAAAUAUUUCGGAGGACACAGUGAUCUCCUUUGCGGAGUGCUGGCUACAAAGCGUAAGGAUUGGUUCAAUCAGCUUUUUAGCCAGCGUCUUCAUCUCGGCAAUAACAUGGGCAACCUAGAAAGUUGGCUCGGAGUGCGCAGUCUACGCACCCUCGAAUUGAGAGUUCAACGGGCUAGCAAAAAUGCGACAAACCUCGUAUCUUUCCUUCACUCUGCUUUGACACAAUCAAAUGCAAGCGCUGGAAGCGACGCAGAAGCGGUGUCGAAAGUACUCUCUGAAAUCCGGCACGCAAGUCUCCAAACGGAGCCAUGGGUUAAGAGACAAAUGCCCAAUGGGUAUGGACCGGUGUUUUCGAUCAUCAUGAAAGAUGCGGAUUUGGCCAGAAGACUGCCAAGCAAACUGCACUAUUUCCAUCAUGCUACUAGUCUCGGAGGCGUUGAGAGUCUGAUUGAGUGGCGGGCCAUGUCGGACAGCCGGGUUGAUCGACGAUUAUUGAGAGUCAGUGUAGAAAGCCAAAAUCUCAACCUGCGGUUUGACUCAUCAACCCCACAACAACGAUCACAACCUCACCUAACUACCUACUCACUGCAUCAUAAGUCGGUCUCUACACACCAAAGGCGAGGUCCACACAUAAACAAUAAGCAAUCAUCGAGAAGAGAAGCGAAGAAGAGAAGAGAGAAAAAAAUGCCAACCUUCAAAAUCCUCUACUUCGCAUCCGCAUCCAGCUACACAGGCAAAUCAAGCGAAUCCCUACCAGCACCUUUACCUCUCUCCGGACUGUUUCCAUUACUCGAAGAACGAUAUCCCGGUAUUACGAAGACUGUUUUGAGUAGUUGUAGUGUCAGUGUUGGGUUGGAGUAUGUUGAUAUUCCUUCUUCUACUGAGGGCGAAGGUGAUGGGACGACUUCGGCUGGGAAGGAGGUUGUGAUUGGGGAAGGGGAGGAGGUUGCUAUUAUUCCGCCUGUUAGUUCAGGGUGAUUUACUUUAUGCUUUUGGCUUUGUUUUUUAUUUACUGAUGAGGCUGGUUGUUGGGGUUUCCAAGGUUAGGGGUUGGAGAUGGUUGGGUAGAUGGAUGAGCUGUCACUACACAAAUAACCCUCUUCAUCUCCGUAUCUAGGCGAAAUACAUACGAUGAUAGAACCUGAAACAUGACAACAACAUUCAACAAGCC